UGCCGUUCUGGUGUCGCAUGGAUCCUGGCAGCCGGUGGCGGGGUUUGCCCCGCGAGCCCAGCCUCAAGCACUUGACGGACCCCUCUUACGGGGUCCCGCGGGAGCAGCAGAAGCCGGCGCUGCAGGAGCUGACGCAGGCGCACGUCGAGUCCUUCAACUACGCGGUGCGCGAGGGGCUCGGCCACGCGGUGCAGGCUAUACCUCCCUUUGAAUUUGCUUUCAAAGAUGAGCGUAUCUCUCUCACUAUUGUGGAUGCUGUCAUCAGUCCUCCAACAGUUCCCAAAGGGAGCAUCUGCAAAGAGCUCAAUGUUUAUCCAGCAGAAUGUCGGGGCCGGAGGAGUACCUACCGUGGAAAGUUGACAGCGGAUAUCAGCUGGGCGGUGAAUGGAGUCUCAAGAGGAGUCAUCAAGCAGUUUCUGGGCUAUGUUCCUAUCAUGGUGAAGUCCCAGCUGUGCAACUUGUACAGCCUUCCUCCCAAAGCCCUCAUUGAGCGCCAUGAGGAGCCAGAGGAAAUGGGAGGCUAUUUUAUAAUCAAUGGCAUCGAAAAGGUCAUCAGAAUGUUGAUCAUGCCUCGCAGAAAUUUCCCCAUCGCUAUGGUGAGACCGAAAUGGAGAACCAGGGGGCCUGGCUAUACUCAGUACGGAGUGUCAAUGCACUGUGUGAGGGAAGAGCACUCAGCCAUCAACAUGAACCUUCACUACUUAGAAAAUGGCACAGUGAUGUUGAACUUCAUUUACCGGAAAGAACUGUUUUUUCUUCCUUUGGGAUUUGCACUUAAGGCACUUGUCGGCUUUUCUGAUUAUCAGAUUUUUCAGGAGCUCAUCAAAGGAAAAGAAGACGACUCUUUCUUUAGGAACUCUGUUUCUCAGAUGCUAAGGAUUGUGGUGGACGAGGGUUGUGUCACCCAAAAACAGGUCCUUCACUAUCUGGGUGAACGCUUCCGAGUGAAACUCAGUCUUCCUGACUGGUGUCCAAAUGAGCAGGCUGCGGAGUUCCUAUUUAACCAGUGUGUCUGCAUCCACUUGAAGUCCAAUACUGAAAAGUUUUACAUGCUUUGUCUCAUGACCCGAAAGCUCUUUGCUUUGGCCAAAGGAGAGUGCGUGGAAGACAACCCUGAUAGUUUGGUGAACCAGGAAGUGCUCACACCUGGGCAGCUCUUCCUCAUGUAUCUGAAGGAAAAAAUGGAGGCUUGGUUAGUAUCUAUUAAAAUAGCUUUAGACAAGAAGGCUCAGAAGACCAAUGUGUCCAUAAAUGCUGAAAACUUGAUGAAGAUUUUUAAUCUGGGAACAGACCUUACAAAACCAUUUGAAUAUCUUCUUGCUACUGGGAACCUGCGAUCUAAAACAGGUCUUGGCUUCCUGCAAGACUCUGGACUUUGUGUUGUGGCUGACAAGCUGAACUUCGUCCGCUACCUGUCCCAUUUCCGCUGUGUGCACAGAGGGGCCGACUUCGCCAAGAUGAGGACAACCACAGUGCGCAAGCUGCUGCCGGAGUCCUGGGGCUUCCUGUGCCCCGUGCACACCCCCGAUGGGGAGCCCUGUGGCCUGAUGAACCACUUAACGGCCACAUGUGAGGUGGUCACGCAGUUUGUGUACACGGCGUCCAUCCCAGCUUUGCUCUGCAACCUGGGGGUCACGCCAGUUGAUGGAGCUCCACAUCGACCGUACACCGAGUGCUACCCUGUCCUGCUGGAUGGCGUCAUGGUGGGCUGGGUGGACAAGGAGCUUGCCCCCAGCAUUGCGGCUUCUCUCCGGCAUUUCAAGGUGUUGAGAGAAAAAAGAAUUGCCCCCUGGAUGGAGGUGGCCCUUGUCCCCAUGACAGGAAAACCGAGUCUGUACCCAGGACUUUUCCUUUUCACCACUCCCUGCAGGCUGGUGCGGCCUGUGCAGAAUGUAGAGUUGGGCAGAGAAGAGUUGAUCGGGACCAUGGAGCAGAUCUUCAUGAACAUCGCAGUCUUUGAGGAUGAGGUCACAGCUGGAGUGACCACGCACCAGGAGCUCUUCCCUCACAGCCUGCUGAGUGUGGUGGCCAACUUCAUCCCCUUCUCGGAUCACAACCAGAGUCCACGGAACAUGUACCAGUGCCAGAUGGGCAAGCAGACUAUGGGCUUCCCGCUUCUCACCUACCGGGACCGGUCCGACAACAAGCUGUAUCGCCUGCAGACCCCACAGAGCCCAUUAGUGAGGCCGUGUAUGUAUGACCACUAUGACAUGGACAACUACCCCAUCGGGAUCAACGCCAUUGUUGCCGUUAUUUCCUACACUGGCUACGACAUGGAAGAUGCUAUGAUUGUGAAUAAGGCCUCUUGGGAACGAGGCUUCGCCCAUGGCAGUGUCUACAAAUCCGAGUUCAUAGAUCUCUCUGAAAAAGUCAAGCAAGGGGAUGAUAGUCUGGUGUUUGGGGUCAAGCCUGGCGACCCGCGGACUGCACAGAAGCUGGACGCCGAUGGGCUGCCCUUUGUCGGGGCUCGACUGCAGUACGGAGACCCGUAUUACAGCUACCUGAACCUGCACACGGGGGAGAGCUCAGUGGUGCUCUACAGGAGUAAAGAAGAUUGUAUUGUGGAUAACAUCAAAGUGUGUGGUAAUGACACUGGAAGUGGGAAGUUCAAGUGCGUGUGUGUCACAAUGAGGGUCCCCCGGAACCCGACCAUUGGGGACAAGUUUGCCAGCCGCCAUGGGCAGAAAGGUAUCCUGAGCAGGCUGUGGCCGGCCGAGGACAUGCCCUUCAGUGAGAGCGGCAUGGUCCCCGACAUUCUGUUCAACCCUCACGGCUUCCCGUCACGCAUGACUAUCGGCAUGCUGAUUGAGAGCAUGGCAGGCAAGUCGGCAGCGCUGCAUGGCCUCUGCCACGAUGCCACGCCCUUCACCUUCUCAGAGAACAGCUCAGCCCUGCAGCACUUUGGGGACAUGCUGCAGGCCGCGGGCUAUGAUUUCCACGGCACCGAGAGACUGUACAGCGGCAUCAGUGGGAUGGAGCUGGACGCGGACAUCUUCGUGGGCGUGGUGUACUACCAGCGCCUACGUCACAUGGUCUCGGACAAGUUCCAGGUCAGGACCACCGGCGCCCGGGACAGGCUCACCAACCAGCCUGUAGGGGGCAGGAAUGUGCAGGGUGGGGUCCGCUUCGGGGAGAUGGAGCGGGACGCGCUGCUUGCCCACGGGGCAUCCUUCCUCCUCCACGACCGCCUCUUCAACUGCUCAGACCGCUCAGUGGCGCACGUGUGUGUGACAUGUGGCAGCUUGUUGUCUCCACUGCUGGAGAAGCCGCCGCCGUCAUGGUCGGCCAUGCGCAACAGGAAGUACAGCUGCGCUGUGUGCCAUCGCAGUGACACCAUUGACACCGUGUCUGUGCCUUACGUUUUCCGGUACUUUGUGGCAGAACUGGCAGCUAUGAACAUCAAAGUGAAACUGGAUGUCAUUUAACUCAAUGUGGCCUUUUGGGUCAGGAGAGUUGCCAGAUUACAGAAUGUGACUAGCUCAGUGGCAAUGUGACCAGUUACUCUGCACUUUUUCAAGGUUUCUAGAGCUCACAACCAAGACCUGACAGCCAAGAACUCAAGGUUCCAGUGUAGUUAGUGCUGCAUUUGAUUUGUGCUGUAUUUGUUCACAAACUCGCAAGUCUCCCCUUAAAAAAUGGUGCAGUGACAGACAGAAGGGUAUGUGUGCAAGUUGGUAUGCCACUUUCGACAGGCGGUGGCCACCACUUACUGUCCCAUGUAGAGCAGAGCGGUCCAGUACAAAUGUCAUGCAAGCCCUGUGUGCAACUCUGUGUUUUCUUAUGUCCGCAUUAAAGUAAAAGCAAGAGACAGAAAUGUUUUCCAACAGCCUUAUUGAAGCAUAAUUGUUAGGAAACACUGCAAGCACUUACUGCACACAGUUCACAGUUGGUGAUAAACACCUCCAAAAGCCUCCUGUGUCCCUUUGGGUUGUGUUGGGGAAGGUGUGUGUGAGAGUGAGUGUGUGGUAUGUGUGAGUAUGAGGAUGUGUGUGAGUAUGUGGUGUGUGAAAUGGGCGGUGCGGGGGGGGGGGACCCUGACCUUGCCAUCUGCCUUCUGGGUGAACAAUGCAAUGCUGUCAACAGGCGCAGUGCUGCAGGCCAGCCUGUGGACACUCAUCCUGUACCAGCAGGUCCUAUGGCCCUGGCCCUGGCCCCGGCCCCGGCCCCCACUGUUUCUGUGAGUUUGACAUUUUUACAUGCUCUAUGACCGGCUUGUUUCACUCAGUGGGAUGUCCUUGGCCCACCAGUGUUUGCAGAUGGCAGGAUCUCCAUUUUAGGCUCAGAAAUCCACUUGGUGUAUAGAGCACAUCUUUUAUCCAUUCACCUCUUCAUUGACAUUUUGGUUUUUUUCUGUAUCUUAGAAAUCAUGAUAACCCUCUAUUUUAUUUAAUGUAAUGUAGCCAAAAUGCCACAUCAACAUGGACUAUUAAAAGUGCAUUGAGGUACUUUGCAUUCUUUUUCAUAGUCUCUAAAAUCCUGGUGGGUGGCAGUGCCCUCCCACCCUCCCUCCCAUUGUACUCCACUGUCCUGUUCCAGUGAUGGGUAUUUGGGCUGUCCUAUUCUUGCGUGUUUCACAGCAUUGGCAGUACUCCUGUUGUGUACGCUUGUGCAAGUGUAAGAUACUUUUCAUUAAAAACGUCCCAAAGAUUGUUCUUUUCUGAGUAUGGCUUCAGAUGUCUGCCACUAACAAGGCAGAUCAGGCUAAACUGAGAGAAAUUAUCCAUUCGAGGUACAUCCUGGUUUGGCUUCACUGAACUGUUGAAAAAAACGAGACACCUUGACUCUCGACUGAUGACCCCCACCCCGUCCCCGUUACAAUCCCAGCUGGACUCCCCACCGCUCCAGUCUGCCUGCUUCCAUCCCACCACUGAUGUUGUCUGUUCAAGUCCCUCCAGGUUUUUUUAGCAGCAGUAAAAAUGGUAAAAUAAAAAAUUUUAGCUUUGAUUUAAAUUACAGAUUCACAACUAAGACUGAGACUGGGUCGUCACAGAGCUGGUCCUGUUUCAGCAGUUUCACACAAAUUUGUGUGUGUGGUUCUGUUCACUGUUGUCAUGUGCAGGUUGAUGUGACAAACACAAGAAAGAAUAGCUCCAUUCCCACAGGCUGCUGUGUGCUGUGUAAAGGGAUCCCCUUACAGCCACCCCAUCUUUAACCCCUGGCAACCACGAGUCUGCCCUCCAUUGCUAUGGUUUCAUUAUUUCAAGAACAUUGUGCAAACAGAAUCAGUUUGUGACCUCUGAGGUUCGCCUUUUCCACUUGACGUCAUUUUCCAGGGUGCAUCCCUGUCAUUUCGAGUAUCGGUCAUUUGUUUAUUUUUGCUGCUGUGUAUCCUCCAGGUGGGUGUGACAGUGUUAACCAGCCUCCUGAGGAGCACGUCUUGGUUGUUCGCCAUUUGGGGUGGUCACAAAUAAAGCUGCUGUGAACAUGUU